AUGGAACCAAUGACUUUGGGUAGUCCUACGCACUCUCCUUCUAAUAGCCCUAAUGUGGGUUAUUUGCCGCCUUUUCUGUUGGGUGAAAUAAAUCCUCCGACGACUCCUCGUACAAACAGUUUAUCACCUACAAAAGGCCGAAGCCUCGCUUUUGGUUCUCCAACUAGUCCUAGUCAAACAUCAACACCAGACCAAAAGGUGUAUCGUCAGAACAUUUCCAUGCAUCAGCAGGCACUGUACAACCAUCAGAACAUAUACCCAAACAUUCCAGCAUCCCCACACAUGUUUAAUAACAUCCCUGCAUCACCAAACAUUUCUUACUCGAGCAAACCAAAUGGCCCACCUAUAGAAGAUUUGUUUGAUACUAUUAAAAGUAAUGAACCAUCUAUAAACAAAUCUCUAUUCCAAGAUAGCUUCUACAACAAUAACUCUAUGGUCCAAAAUGGUUAUGGAAAUGCCAAUGCGUCUGUUAAUAACCAGUCAAUGACUACGCCUUGGCAAGAUGGAUGCCAGGAGCAGGAUGAAUACUGGGUUACUGUUUUUGGGUUUCCUCCAAACGCUGCUAAUACAGUUCUAGCUAGAUUCAGCAACUGUGGUGCUAUUUUGGAUAAACAAUACCCCACACAAGGAAAUUGGGCUCAUGUAAGGUACGCAACAAGAGCAGAAAAAGAGCGUGCUUUAGCAUUGAGUGGGAGGCAGGUGCUGCCUGGUGUGAUGGUUGGAGUAGUUGAGUGUAAAGAGCCACCCAGGAUUGCUGUCAGUAGUCCUGGCAUAACUUCUCCUGAGAGACAAGUAGGCGCUCGUUCAUUAUGCCCAACGCCCAUUCCGAACGCGCCUGUACCACAGAGGUCCAGCGGUCUUAUUUCUAAAGCGUUAGAUUACGUGCUAGGCUGGUGA